GCUCCGCCAAUCCUCUCCCCGAGAACCAUCCUACUAUGGCUUCCCUUCCUCCUCUUCCUGAGGAUGGAGAAGUCGAAGAACAAGCUAUCGUUGCCGAAGACAACCAAGGUUCUUCUCUUCCUGAAAGUGAAGUCGCAGGUUCUCACAAAUCUGCGGCUUCCCAUGAAAAAGAAAUUGAAUCUGAAGCCAGCGAGUCGACGCAAUCCCUUCCUCCUGCUAUUUCCCCAAAUAACAAAAGGAAAAGGAAUGACGCCGAGGGUUCUGGCACUUCGAAGGCCGAAAAAGUUGUUCCUUCUCAUCCGAAGGCAGCUUAUGAUCCUUAUAUUGAAUCCCUCGUCAGCUCUGAUGACGAGGAAGAAGUACCAACUGUUGACGUGGCUCCUCGGACAACCUCCCUCUCUCUAUUGGUGGCGCCGGCGGAGCAUCCGACAGCCCAAGUGACGGAGAACAACAGGGGAAGGCCAAGUGAGAGGAGUGACCAUCCUGGAACCUCUGGAGAGGAGGACGAGGCAGACCACUCCCGCGAGCUCGCCGCCGCGCCUGCCGGCCGUCAUGAGGUAAUAUUCAGUCACCUAGCUGAACGAAUCCAGCUAUCCUUCUGA